CCCGAAAGUUCCAAUAAGCACACUAUUCCAAAAUGAUCGAACCGGAAUUGUGGGGCCAAAACAACGACUUGACGACGUUCGUCAACGUCGACUACAUGCGGAAAUAUAAAGAUUGGUUCGAUUGGAAGGAGGGCUCGUCGAUCUUCGAAUUCGGGAUGGGCGAUGGGAGGAACGUGAGGGAGGCUCUCUUCCCGUUCAUGCCGGAAAACAUCAAGGAAUACGUGGGAAGCGACGUUUCGCCCGAAAUGGUGGAUCACGCUAAGAAGACUUUAUCCUCGCCCAAAGCCAGUUUCAUCGUGCUGGACAUUUGCUCCGAAGCUAUACCCGAGGACUUGGUGAACCGCUUCGAUGUUGUGUUCGGGUUUUUCGUGAUGCACUGGGUCCAAAACACCAGGCAAGCGCUGCAAAAUAUGUAUAAAAUGUUGAAACCGAAGGGCCAGCUGUUUUUGACAUACGUCGACUAUGUUUCCACCGAUGAAUUUUACUGUAGUUCUUCGAAGCAUCCGAAAUGGCGUGUUUACAAUCACGAAAGGAUAAUAUCGCCGUAUUUUAAUCACCCUUGUGCACAGGAUGUGUAUAAAAAAGAGCUCUCCUUGGCCGGAUUUCAAAUAGUCACCUACGAAAGAACCAAGAAGGUGUACGAAUUUCCCAAUAAAGAAUCUUUUAUUGGUUUCUGCUUGAGCGUCAAUCCUAUUUUAAGAGAAGUUUCUACAGAAGAUUUUGAAGAGUACAAGCAAUAUUAUUUGAAGAGUAUGGAAAACAAUAAACUGAACUUUACAAAAACAUGUCCCAAAACAGGCCAGGUCACCUACAAUUCCAGUUACGAUCUCAAUAUGGUCUUGGCCUCAAAACAUUGAAUAAUAGAUGUAAUAAUCGAAAAAAUAAGAAAUUUUAAUUUAUAUCUGAUCAAUUUUAAAGAAAUAAAAUAAUAAAAACCA